AUGUAUUCUUUAUCAUCAGAUUUCUCUCUCUUUGGCCUGCUACUCUGCGGCUGCUUUUGGGUGUACGUACACCAGCGCCUCUCGCCUACUCUUCCCUAUUUCUUUCUCCCCGCAGCAGCCUGGAAGGAGCACAGCCGCAAGAUCCAGCUGUAUAAGCAGCAGCAGCAGCAACAGAAGCAGCUGCAGCAGCAGCAACAGAAACAGCAGCAGACAGAACGCAAUGGGGAGCGGACAUCAGCAGAACCCAACCCGAAGCAGCAAGAGCUGCAAGAAGGAGCAGCAGCAGCAGCAACAGCAACAGCAGAG